UGUGUGGCAGUUAAACUACUUCUAAUCCUUAAACCACAACAACAUUAAAAUAGGCUUCGUACCGGUGCCGUAAGAAGAAUGUCUACGAAUGAUAGAAAAGUGUAACAUAUCUUCGAGCCGACUUUUUCCUUGUACAACUUUUCCUCCCCAGAACGUUUCGAGCAAGAAGCCGAAGCGAAGUGUAUUUAUAAGACCCGUCCAAGAAGAUUUCAUACCAUACCAAAGAGACAACCAACCCGGCGUAUUCGAUCGGAACAAUUUAAAAAAAAAGUUCACGUUGUUCUGUUGAGUAGUUUCAAGAAAAUCUGUGUAUUCGAGUUGUUGGCUGAAUUUGUCAUGUUCGGAAAGAUUUUAGCUUUUGCAGCCACGUUGGCUGUUGCGGUGGCGUCUCCGGUAUACGGUCCAGUUUCCUACGGUCCUGCUCUUUCCUACGGAUACGCAGCAAAAGCAAUUCAACCUCUUCACACGGUAGCAGUGGCCAAACCGGUGAUCGCAGUGGCUCCAUACAUCCAUCAUGCUCCUCUCAUUGCGCAUGCUCCGAUAGUUGCACCCGUCGUGAAGCACGUGGAAGCCUAUGACCCCAAUCCACACUACAGCUACAGCUACGGAGUGGCAGAUCCUCAUACCGGAGAUUCCAAACAUGCCGAAGAAACAUUAGCCAAUGGAGUAGUGCACGGUAGCUAUUCCCUGACGGAACCCGAUGGUACUAUUCGUAAAGUAACCUACACGGCAGACAAGAUUCACGGUUUCAAUGCCGUUGUUGAAAAAUCAGGUCACGCAGUCCAUGCGGCACCCAUCAUCAAGAAGGUCGUUGCUGCGGCUCCAAUCGUGCAUGCGGCUCCCUACGGCUUCUAUCACCAUUGACGAAAUCGACGCACCAAAAAGAAAAUCACCCUUUAACUCAAAUCGUGUUGUAUGAAUCGUUUAGUAUGUAAGAGUAGCAUAUAAGUCCAAUAACUUAGAGCAAAGUGUCUCCGUUCCAUUGGAAAAAACGUACAAAAACCAAUAAACUUCGAACAAAAUUCAAA